CAAUUUCAGGCAUUCGCGAUCGAGAAUUUGAAUCGGCAACAACUCGUGCUUGAGCAACGAUAAAGGAAUACAAGAAUCGAAUACUAAAAAUAAGAAAGCAAGCUAGAAAGAAUUCUUUUUCUUGGCUUAAAGUAAUCAAAUAAAUAAAAAAAAAUUAAAAAAAAACACACUCGCACACAUAUACCUGGUGUAUAUAUGUACUUGAAACUCCUAUAUACUUUUGGUAUAUAUCAGUGAACAUUGUUGGUGUAGUUUUAGUGUUUUUUUGUCGGUUCGGUUUGUGGCACCAUCACAGGACUGCAAAGCGGAUAGAGUGCAUUGUUGUCUGUUUCAAGAAGUACAAAAAAAGUUCGUGAUUGUGUUAUUUGGAGGCCCAUAAGCCAGAGACAAAGAAAGAGUGAGAGCGAGAGAGAAGGAGAGUGAGCACGCCAAGAGAUCUGCAAACGGCCGUUACCAAAGUUUGUUAGCUUAACGUUCAUUCAGGCUUGCUUGUCAGUUUAAAUCGAGACGCCUUUAAUAAAAGUGUGGAAUUUUUCGAAGGAAUCAACUAACCCCCAAAAAACCAAACAAAAUCACAAAAUGAAUAAAAUCCUAAUUUGUCUGUUAAGUUUAGCGGUCCUUUCAACAGGUCAACGCAUAACCACCAUACAUUUGGAUGGUGUACAAUAUUUUAUAAGCCGUAUGAAUCCCUACUCACCUGAGCUGAAUUACUUUUUGGCCUAUCAGUAUUGUCGUUCACUGGGUCUGCAAUUGGCCUCGUUCGAGACCAAAGAGAAGGCUGAAUCGAUGACCACCUAUCUGAAGAAUGCUGGCUAUGGCAAUUAUGAUUUCUGGACUUCGGGCAAUCGCUUGGGCACGGGCAUGUUCCUAUGGAUGAGCACUGGUUUACCAUUUAAUGCUACUUUUGACUUUUUCGAAAAUACCAUUGAUGCCAUACAGGCUGGUCUCUUGGAUCCAGUGGAUCACAAUAGCAAUACAUCACCACAAAGAACUGCCAGAGACAGCAGCGGCGCCGAAAAAGGCUGUGUGAUCUUGAGACAACCCACCCUGAAAUGGAUGCCCGAAGAUUGUUCGGCUGUUAAAGACUUUAUAUGUGAACAAACUCGUUGCUAUUACUACAAUUAUGGCAGUAUUCCUGUUUCUUCAGCGCAGGGACGCCCCAUCACCACUACUACUCCUCGCAAUCUAGCCGAUUCUAUGGCUGCUGAAAAGAGAACUACUACACCCUUGCCUUUGUUGAUGUCAUCGUUUGCCAGCUCGAAAAAGACCAACCAACCCUCAUAUGUCUCAUUGAAACUGGAUCAGGAGCGAGCCUUGGAGGCCACUGUCUUGAAGGAUCAUCAUCAUCAUCAUGAAGACCAUCAUCAUGCAGCCAGCAAUUCCUAUGAACAUGAGGAGGAAGACAUUGAACAUGAUGAGGAAGAGGAAGAAGUUAGUGCCAGUGCCGGUGAAGAGGUUCAGGGACGUGAUUUGACCUCCAAUGAUGAAGGCGAACAUGAAUUGGAAGAACUUAGUGCCCAGAGUCAUGAAAAUUCGGUGGAAGAACAACAACAUCAAGAUGAACAGGAUGCAGAAAUGCAUGAGGAAAAAUCCAGUGCCCAGCCAGAAGAUGAGAAACAAAGCACUGCUGACAAUACCGCCUCUGGCUCGCAAGAACAUCCAGAAUCUGAGGAAUCUUCGGCCAUGGCUAAGGAAAAAUCUGCCGAAAUGUAUGAAACCGAAAAUCAAUCCAAUGCUGAAAUGCCCUCUGUGGAAGUGCGUCUAAAGCAAAUCUCCCAAGAAGUCGAGAAGAGGGCCAGCGAGGAAAAUCGCCAUAUACCCUCCCUAACACCUGAUCUGGAUGACAUUGGUCAUCAGUCCUUCUUAUCGCUAACUGAUCUCAUACGCACUUUGCGCCCCAAUGAUAAACAGAUAAUACCACAAAUUGAUUCGGAUUAUUCGAAUGCUAUGCGAGUUUUGGGUGAAAAAUCGGUGGCUGUCAACAGCAACAAUGAUGAAUAGUUUUCCUGCACAACCCUUAACAAACAAACACAAACUUUAAACAUAUGACCAAACAUUUUUAAAUAUUUUUUAGAUUUUUAGAAACUAAAAUUUCGAAAAAAAAAAUACAACAAUCCUUCCGAUAUUUGAGCAUCUCAAAAGAAAUAUCUCCACCUCCUCCAUGUAACAACAACACCACACACUGAAUUGAAAGUUCCUUUGAGAAUUGUUUUUAUUG